AGCAUUAAAUAAGUUACAUACUGUACAUACAUAAAUACGUACUCCGGCCAGUAAUACCUUGUUGUAUUGUUACCGGACUACUUACGUAGAGUGCAAGUUUCCAAUGCCAUUUUUCAAUUGGCGAAAUACAUAAAUUUGAAAAUAAUGUAAAAAUCUCGAUUUAACGAUAAACCGCUCUGCUUUAUAAGAUCAUAAAAAUCACCAAAUUUUUCCACCUAGUGGUCCUAUGAUCGAGGCAUUAAAAUUAAAGAUAUUUUUACAUGAAUUUCUUUUGUACAAAUGUCUUUAAUUAUAAUUCCUCGACCAUAGCUUCGUAUACCUUAUAAUUAAGUACAUAUGUACUUAAUUUCCAUAUUUAGUCUGGGCGAUGGUUCUUGUCUUUGUUGUUCAUACAUUUAUUAUUCGUCAAAUCCCAUCAAUUAUAAAAGCUUCCACAAAUAAUAAAUGUCAAGUUUGCGAUCUUGAUUAGAUCACAUUUGAAUCGCACAUAUCGAAAUCUGUCAUUUGUCGUUUGACCUGUGUUUGAGUAACGUGACAGCACGCAUGGAAAUAAGUAGUGCAAGUUAAACAAAUUUCGAUAUUAAAAAUAAAGAUUUGACAGUUAAUGUCGAAUUGUGGCGAAUUCGAUUUAUUUAAUUAGUGUCACUUACAUACAUAUGUAUCUAUGUAUAGUAUAUUAAUAAUAUUAAUAAUAACUAUAAAUUUGUUUAAUUUUAAUUAGCUAAACUUGUUUAGUUAUUCAAGUUAUAUGUAAGUGGUCUCACAUUUAAAUAUAUAAAUUUAUAUUCGAGUGUAUUGCGUAUGUUGUCCAAAGCUGAAAAACAAUGAUUGAUUGUAAUCCUUAAUGAGAACUUAAUCAAUCAGUCAGAAAUGACACAUUGGAAUCAGAUUUUCAAAUUUCUUAUCAUCAUGACCAGUGUUGGCGUAUCAAUUGCUAUUGUCAAUUUCACGAGGGAGAGAUUGCGCAAAACUGAGGCUUUAAAGUUUAAUGGCAACCAGACAAAUUACUUUCUUCAACCAAAAUUAAAUUCCACACGUCAACCAAAAAGUCGUAACGCAGGGGCAUCUGGUGGUGUUAAAAAAGUGAAAAAUAAUCAUAAGAAAAAAUCAUGCCGGCCUUUUCCGUUCAAUAUUUAUGGAGGAUGUCAUCCCAAAAAUACUGCCUAUUCCGAUAAAAAUGAGGAAACGUCUACAAAGGGCAACUAUUUAGGGAGGUUCGCAGAAAUGAAAGCUCAAUUAACUGGAGAUGUAUCAACCGCACUCGGCGAGAUCACCAAUCUAUGGGAUAGUCCGGUUUUCGACUAUUCCCGCCCAGUCAAAACUACCAGAACGGUCCCCUUGAACAUCCAGGAGCUUGAGUAUUACAACUAUUUCUCUGCCUCGAUCUACUGUCCGACAAGCCUGGCAAAUCUGACAUGCCCGUAUUGUGACCACUUUAACCAGACCGUCACAGAAUUUAAGAUCUUUUACAAUGAAAAUUACGGAACUAAAGCGAUGAUCACGCUGCAUCCGGGCCUGGACGAAAUUGUCGUCACUUUCAGGGGCACGGUAAGCAUGGUAAAUUGGAUUUUGGACUACCAAAUGUAUGGAACCCCACUCGGGCGUGAAGGAGUCGAGGUGCAUACAGGACUUUAUUUGAGCUUGAUGUCACUCUACAACCCGGUUGUACAAGAAGUUGGCACUCUGCUCGGGCGAAAUCCGGGAUUUCGCGUUGUCGUAACCGGUCAUAGUCUUGGAGCAGCGAUGGCGUCCAUUUUCGUCUAUUUGAUGACAAGUCUGGACCAAUUUCCUGGCACGAAUUAUGUCCUCGUAACGUUUGGUCAGCCUAGGACGGGAAAUGUGGAAUAUGCCGACUACAUGAAUGCCCUCCCAAUCCCGAUGAUUAGGGUGGUAGGGGCAUCAGAAGGCGUCCCACACAUCCCACCGCACAAGGCCUUUGAAAUUUUCUACAUCCCCACGAAAAUUGUCUACGUGCAUCACGGGCAAGAAGUCUGGCUUAACGAGAACGAGGUGUACUACUGUUCCAAAGAUGUCUACGAAGAUCCCUACUGUUCCAACUCGAUAGGACGAAAUUUUAAUAAACUGGACCAUUUAUUCUACUUCGAUGCGGACUACUCGAUCUGCCUUUUUAUCGAGGGAUGGUUAAACGUUGAUUUUUUCACGGUGCCGGGAUUCACCCCGACAAAUUUUAUCCCACCCGUGCCCACAUGGGCUGCGGUACGGCCCUCCGGGCCGUACGGCCUGGAAACCGUAAUCCAGUUAAAUCCACCUUUGUCGCGGCACUGGCUGUCAGAAAAUCCGCUAAGAAAUCCUCAUAUUAAACUAUAAAUUGUUUAAUGUUUUUUUUCUCUUCAUUUCUAAGUUAUGAAAAAUUUAUAAUUAAUUUUUAAGCACAACUAUCCACUUCAGCCUUCUUCCAAAUAAACGUUGACUAUUGGAAGUCAAUAAAAAAUUA